AAAAACUCGCUGGUGGAUAAUGCACAGUUUACUGGUGAGAAUUAGGUCAAACACGAAGACCAAGAUCUCGCGAGAUUUUGCACGUCUGCUUCUCAGGCAGUCCGUGAGCGGAGUCAGUCAAUGUGGGACGGAGUUUUGCCUGUUUGUUAGCGGAGUAGGAGGGAGAACGAGCCGUUGACUUGACACAGGGCUUGCGUGAAAUCAGUUCGGAGAGCAAGAAAGCCAAGAAUGGCGUCGGGUGAGACACUGUACAUCGAAGCAGACGGCUCGGAGAUACCGGCGGAGAUCGUCGAGCUGCACGAAAUCGAAGUUGAGACCAUCGAGACAACCGUGGUCGGCGGAGACGACGACGACGACGAACACCAGCCGAUGAUCGCGCUGCAGCCGCUGGUCACAGACGAUCCGAACCACGUUAACCAUCAGGAGGUGAUUCUGGUCCAAACUCGCGAGGAGGUCGUGGGCUGCGACGAUUCGGACCUCCACGCAGACGACAGCUUCGAGGACCAGAUCCUCAUCCCCGUCCCUGUGGCAGAGGAGGAAUAUAUCGAGCAGACUUUAGUGACCGUGUCUGGCAAGAACCCGUCAGGAAGGAUGAAGAAAGGGGGAGGCAGCGGGAAAAGAGUGGUCAAAAAGAGCUUCCUAAACUCCGCCGAGGCGAGCGGACGCAAAUGGGAGCAGAAGCAAGUGCAGAUCAAAACACUGGAGGGGGAGUUUUCCGUCACUAUGUGGUCAUCGGAUAAGAAAGAUGUUGAUCAUGAGACUGAGGUUGAGGAGCACAUUAUUGGAGAAAACUCUCCUCCUGACUACUCCGAGUAUAUGACAGGCAAGAAACUGCCCCCUGGUGGUAUACCUGGUAUUGACCUGUCAGACCCCAAACAGCUGGCGGAGUUUGCCAGAAUGAAGCCCAGGAAAAUAAAGGAGGACGACUCUCCAAGGACGAUAGCAUGCCCUCACAAAGGUUGCACAAAAAUGUUUCGGGACAACUCCGCUAUGAGAAAGCACUUGCACACCCAUGGGCCACGGGUUCAUGUCUGCGCUGAAUGUGGAAAGGCGUUUGUGGAAAGUUCCAAGCUAAAACGGCAUCAGUUGGUUCAUACUGGUGAAAAACCUUUCCAGUGUACAUUUGAGGGAUGUGGAAAGCGGUUUUCAUUGGACUUUAACUUGCGCACACACGUGCGGAUUCACACUGGAGACAGACCUUACGUUUGCCCGUUCGAUGGCUGCAACAAGAAAUUCGCUCAGUCCACCAACCUGAAGUCUCACAUUUUGACACACGCGAAAGCUAAAAACAAUCCUUGAGAUCGCUCGCUGAAGAAAGAGCCCUUAAAGACUCUGUCUGACCACAGCUUCCUGCUCCAAAACCCACUUUGUAUGUCGUUUCUAGAACCAUUCUUUUCUAAGAGAAUCUCAGUGCACAUUUUGAUGGGAAUUGAAAUGUGAAUGAGGACCUGACACCAAACUAUCCCGUCAACCUUCUCACGGUAUAGACCCGAGUUAAAUAACUUCCCGAGUUAUGAGAGUUUCUUCUUUUGAAGAUGUGAUUGUUUUUGUGGACCCUCAUUCGCAUACAAGAUGGUCAUUAACCUGAGCCCAAAGAAGCAAAUUGCCCAUCGGUGUGUCUGUUUCUACCAGUUUGCAAAGACAAAGACUGCUUUUUAGAUGUCUUCAAAGUGUGCAUAUUGUACACUUUUUAGAGCGUAGAGCUGUCAUAAUGUGUGUGUGUGUGUGUGUGUGUGUGCGCGUGUGUCCCUGAGACUUAAAACCUGUGAAUGCUUUUCUUCAAGGAGAAUGAGAUGCCGUUCAGCUAUUUUCAAUGUAAAUACAGCUUUUCUUUGUGAGGUAUCCUGCGCAGGUAUCUCAUUUUGUAUACCUGUCCUGUACAAAUGUUUUGAAAUCAUGUAGAUAAUAGAGAUGUUGAUUAGAUUGUGUGUAACCAAUUAAAACCGUUUUAUCCAGCUUCAGGAAAUACUGCUACAUAUACAUGCCUUCUUUUGUAACACAGUAAACAGUCUACUCAGUAUGUGAAAAGACACUUUUCCUUCAAAUUCUCUAAUUUAUUUAAUGAUAUGGAAUAAAGCUAAACUCCCCUGUGCCGUUCCCAAGAGCCUGAAGUUCAUCAUGCUGUUCAGUAUGCUGAAUGUCCUCUAGCCAUUGAUUUUAAAAAGCAAGAAUUUGUGAAACUAAACCUUAUGAUAUGGUCUGGUUAAAGGUAAAAUUGUCACAUAAAAAGUCAUGUUUUCUGUAGUAGACAAUGGUAGCAAACGGCAGUGAGCCUAAAAAUCUCUAGUUUAAUCCAACAAAUAAUUUGGUGUUAUAACAACAAAUAAGCGCUUGGAAGUAUUGCAAUUUCAUAUGCUAUUUUAAAAUAUCUCCACUGACACACUGCAUUACUUACAGUUAAUAAUUUUGUUAAUAGCAUCCUAACUUGGCAUAUGCACAACAUUUAGUUAUGUUGUAAAUUACACAAUUCUCGCUGUUUAAAAUAUGUAGUUUUUUUGAAAAGGUCCUAUUGGAGAUUGCGUUUGCUGACACAACCUCAUGUGUUCUUAUAUAUCAAGACUUGCAGUGUUUUUAGAAACUAGUUAUCCUUGCAUAACCCUAAAAUAUAUUGAACUAUAUUAAUCUGAGCUUUUAUCUCAUGUACAU